AUGGUUGAGGACUCUGUGAUCAAUUCUUCGAAUUCCGAUAGAAUGGUCGAGGUCGAAAAACUUAUCCAGAUGCUUUUAUUGUCUCCAGGCGUGGAGGAGUCUGUUUCCUCGAAUCCUCAUUUUGCGGAUUGUAUUUACAAACUCUCACAUCUUCGUCUUGACGAAUUAGCUACCAUCCCAAAGCGUAUUCAAAUAGAGGAGGACAGUAUUAGGCACGAGACAGAGCAGCUUGCCGUGGAGAACUAUCCAGUUUUUCUCGCUAACGCGAAUACAGGCCGUGAUGUUCAUCAAGAGUUCCUAUCCAUAUCGGAAUCAACUGUGAAUUUGCUUUCCAGCAUUUCUGGGGUUGCUAGUUCCGCCCAAACUAUUUUUGAUAACGUUGGAAAGAAUGCUUCUGCCUUUCGCGUCUCUGCUAAAUUAGUUCAAAAAUACACUCAAAUUUUAGAUUUUCUGGAGCUACCACAACUUAUGGAUACUUGCAUUCAAAAUGGCUAUUGUCAGGAUGCACUCAAUAUCUUGAGUCAUACCAAGCGCUUGGUAAAAAAAUAUGGUCGAACGGUGCCUCUAGUUUGGACGGUGGGCCUUCAAACUGAGGAGAUCAGUGGCCAACUUUUUAAUCAGCUAUGCAAAAAACUCCGCGAACCUAUUACACUGCCCGUUUGUCUAAAGGUGGUUAUAUACUUGCGACAGUUCGAAGUUUUUACUGAACAGGAAUUGCGCCUGAAUUUUCUUCAGGCACGGAAUAUUUGCAUAAAAGAUCAACUGGAACUUGCCCUUGCAAAACCAAUUGGUUUAUCUAGUUUCGAUUCCUCUUCAGCAACCAAGUUGGCACAUAUUUCUGGACAUCAACAAGCUGAAUAUAGGGCCUUUAUUCGAGCCAUGAGGCGAAUUGAAGUAACUCGAGUUCAGCUUUUUGACAGUAUUACGCAGUAUCGUGCCGUGUUCGCUGACGAAGACGCAUAUUUAUCCAAGUUGACCGAUGCACAUCAACAACCAGUCCUCGCAGAUAUCUCUCCACUGCACUUAGAUGAGAAUGCUCUGACACUGCGGGGCUUGACAACAAGCAGUGUCGAUUGCCUCGGUCCCUCUACCGAGGCAAGUCUCUUCCACUCUUGGCUCGUGCAUCAGGUGGGUCUCUUUCUGGACGGUUUGAGAGGGGACCUCAGCAUUCUUCUUAACCUUCCCCACCAAACAUCCACUGAGAUUAGCGAUAGGAUUCAACUAGCCAUGGCAAAUGACUCGAUUACCCUUGAUAGUGCGGAUACGUCCACGACCUUCCAACAGAUCCACUCAGUCAUGACUCAGGCUUUCUAUUUUGGUCGGUCGUUUGCUCGAAUCGGUUGUGAUUUUCGUCCUCACUUGGGAGUCAUUUUUUCUCGUGAGAUUUUGGCUUACUUUGAGGCUCUACUACAAAAUGCACUGACGGAAUUGAGUGUCACGUUAGAACUAUGGCCUUGGGAGAUAUCGGAGCCACCCUUCGUGAUUAAUCAACAGGAGGAUCCAAGCCAUGAUGAGAUUUCGGCUCCUAUAGCUAUCGCACUUCACCCUCCCAUUGCUUUCUUUUGUAAUCGUCUGCUUUCGGCUUUUAACGGCCUCUGUAUUUGCUGCCCCGUUGGACUCAGAGAUGGGAUAAUAUCAGUAUGCACUCGGAUAUUGAACGGAGCCGCUGAGACAAUCGUAUCAGCGCACAAAUCGCGUCAGUUGGACAGCACGGCAGCGCGCACGCAGAGUGCUAAUCUUGCCUCCAUGUUCGUCCACGUAGCCGUGCCCCACAUUCUCUCCUGUCUCCUCCAAUACGUCUUCGGUGGUGACGCAGCAGCACAUCUUUGGCAGCUACGUCCAGAGGUGGAAGAGGAGGUCCAUUCUACCUCUCAGACUAUCGCUCUCCUCACUCGACAAGUCUGUGCACCAAUAUUCGUGGUAUGGGGGAUUUUGGCUACCGAUACAUUGCGAGUAGGUGAUACCGUCAAGAGGCCAGCUACUCCUAGCACUGACGAAUUGGGGCAUAUCUCAACUUCACAAAUGCCUCCUCUGACCACGGCCCGUGAAGCUCAUCAACCUCUUCAAUUUCAACAUGGAGAGGCAAAAGUUGUUGCACCCGAUGAAUGCAAAGUUUCGCCCACCGUUGAGGACUCAUCGUGUUCCCUUGAGUCGGGUCUUCCGGGGAAGAAGGACGUGGAAUCCGAAUCAAAAGCAGUUGCUGUUCAUUCGGUGGGAAAAAUCGAUUUUGAGGUUUCGGGAGGGUCAAAUCGUAGUGUUUUAGUGGAAGGAGUUGGCUUGGAAGUUGCCUCAUCUUGUCCUGAAAACAAUGGCGCUCCUCCCAUUGUCUCAGGAAAUUUGGAGGCCGCUCAUUUGGAUUCCCCUAUCCUAGAAUCGGUUAAACAUCCGCUACCUUCGGCCAAAGGUAUCGUCAGUGAUGCAGACAAUGUGCAUUUGGCAUCGAUGGAGGAAUCGAAAUUAGAGGAAGAGCCGUCGACUCUGCUGGCUGCUCACAUUGACGGGUCGAAUGGUGAUUUUGAAGAGUGGAGUCACAAAGAAAUCAAGGAAGGAACUAGUUCUUGUAGUUUGGCUGAACCGAAUCAGGUAGAAGUCAUCCACGAGGAUGUGAAAGCAACUCCUACAAAUCCGAAUUCUUUGCCAAUCUCUGAGUCGGAGGUGCAUAAUUCCGCUGUCCAGGAAGUGGCUGUACCUCCAGUUAUUAGAGGUACCAACAAAAAUUUACAAGAAGACAGGGAAAGGACUGAAGUGAUCGCUACCAUUGCAAGGAACCCGUCGCAGUUCUCAAAGACCACAGUCGAUGAAUCAGGACAAGAUGUCGGAAAGCAUGUGAAAGUUGAGACUGUUGUGGAUAGCUUUAGCACGUCUGGAAGUCAAGUCAAUGAUCAGUAUGGCAUUUUGUUAGAAGCAGGUGAUCGUUCUAAUAGUGAUACACCAUCUCAACUUUAUUACUCUCAUUCACUUUUUAAAGGAAAUCGACGAAACAUGGAGGAUGGGGAAAACUGUUUUCAGUCUAGCUUAGUGUCCCAUGGUUUGACUGAGGAAGCUCAUGAAGGUAGUGUGGCUGGAUUGAAACAAAUGCUGUCGAAUGAUAUUCUCGGUGACACAGACCUUUUGAGUGAGUCAAAAACUUAUUUGUCCGUUGAAGAAAGCGACUCUUUUGCAAUUGGAGUUGGAGAUGGAAACCUACCUAGUGGUCUCGACUCGACUAAGUCACCAAAAGAAAUGGAAUGUAUUGUUGAACAGUCCCAAGGGAAAUUUUCGAAAUUAUCCAGCCUUAAUACUCUAGAGGAUCAAGAACAUUUAUCUUUUAUAGGGGACAAUAAUGUGUCUUCAAUUCAUGAAUUAAUUAAUCCGUCCUCCAACCAAAUAUCGGAAAACGACGAUAACCAUUGCACAUCUGUUUUAUGUAAUGGUGGUAAGGGCUUGAGUGCAUCAACAACAGUUUCUAUUCCGCAAAUGCUAACGAGCACUUCUGUGUUAGGAAUCUUGGACACUGCUAACGAGUCUACUAACCUGGAUGAUAAGAAAAGCGGUGGCGGUGACAGAAAUUGCAUUGGUCAUUCAACAACAAGGGAGACGUUAAAUGUUUCUGAUGGGCAGACUACAGAUGUUCGGGCAACUAAUGAAUCUCUAUGCCCUGGAUGCGAUAGGAGCAACUCCUCUAAUCAUGAACCCGCUACCUUACCAUCUGGUGAAGAAAUUAUUGAUGAUGCUGGUGAAAUUAGGAUGUCAACAGAAGGUUCUGUUCCAGGAAUUGUAGUGGUCCGUCAUAUUCCUGAUGUUGAAAGCGGGUAUGCUAAUAGGGUUGCUGAAGGAGUUGUAUUAGGAGAACUGAAUGAUAACGGAAAUGCUGAAUCUGCCAACGUCAACAGCCGGAACAUAGGAUAUUGUGAAGAAGAAUUUGUCACAAGCAAAGUGGAUAACGAUUUUGCAAGUAUUGAUGUUUCCAUUGUGAAUGAAAACAAUGAAACGAGAACGACUGGAACAGUAGCUACCACUUUGGAGUCGCUUCUCGCAGAGCAGGCAGUACAAAGGAAUUCUGCAGAGGAAAAAGCGGUUGAAGUUAAUAAUGGGACCUCCUGUGUUAGAGAUGUUGACACCGGUGUUGGUGAAUGGGCAAAACAAGUGGCUCUUCAUUCCCUAAAUCUAGACACUUCAUCAGAGUCGGAGGUGAAAAAAAGUGCUGAAGAAGAAUUGUUUGUUGGAAAUAACGGGGUAGUCUGUAUUGAGAAUCCCGUGCAGUUGGAAGUUGCGAAUCAAAAAAUUGAGCUCGUCGGUGCUGUUGGAGAUAAAUGUGCAGAUUGCGAAGGUGGGUGGAGAGGAGGUGUAAAGAUUAUGGCUAAAACUUGUCUCUCUGCUCAUAAUAUUAAGGAAGGUACACCUGAUGUGGUGGUGGAUUCUGGUGAAAGGUCAUCCAGCCAUCAGCACCAACUUGACGUUGAAAUAUCCGAUUUGCAUGCGAAAAGUUGCAGUGCAAAUAUGUAUGGGCAUUCAGAAGUACUCAAAGAAGGUGUGUCCGAGUCCUCGACAUUGCUUGCUUCCGGGAACCUUAUAAUAAAACAGCAAAAACCCAAGUGGGAUGAACUUGCAUCUGAUGUUUCAUCUGAGGAUCGCUUGACUUUUGUAGAAAAUUCAUUGGAAGGUAAUGCCGACCUAGGGGAUGAUGUUGAUAUCGAUGUUGCUCAUGAAAAAAGACGUGAGUCCCUUUCUUCCGUACACUUACCUGGGUCCAUUAAUCAAUCCAUGUCGUCUACUGGAUUGAUUCAGGAAGAAACUCAGGCCACUUAUCAUUCGAAGGAUCGGGUAUCCGAGAUUGGUUCGUCUGUUUUUAUUACUGGAGGCGAAAAUCCUGUACAAUUAACAAUCGAGGAACGAAUUCUAGAUGUGAACGACGUUGGAGAUGGAGGUAGGAAGGGUGAUUGUGUCACCGUUUCAGUUUUACACAAGCUGACUGAAAUUGAUUCAAUCAGGAAUGAUAUCGAAGUAAACUCUUUAUCUCACACUUGGAAAGAACAGGAUGAUAAGUCGGAUUCGGAUGUGACAGUUCUCGACAGAGGACAGUCUAAUGUUCGAUGUUGCCCUGGUCCUCGCUUGAUGUUCGAAUCUACAUCUCUUGUAUCGAGCAGCCCUUGGGACACAUCUUCGGAUAUGAUCGCAUCUCAUGCAAUCGGAGGAAUGGAUUUCGAUGAGUCUGGUAAAUCAAAAGACAGUCAUGAGAAGUUGGUCUUACUUGCUAGUGAUAGUGUGUGGGAUGUCGACACUGAUGAAGGAAAACCAAACAUUCAUGCAGAUAGGGAACCAAUUGAAUCGGACUCUAAUUGGACUCAUCAAAGUGUCGAAGGUGAGUCGGACACUGUUCGCCAAUCGGGAAUUAAUACCGAUGUGUCUGCGAACGAAGCCCCGGGUUCGAAUGCGCACGGAAAUUUGUUGAUGACCGUAAUAACUAAAAAUGAAAGUUUGGAAGUGGAAGAAAUCAAGAUUAAAACACCUUGUAAUGGGUGGAGAAAAGAAGUAGAAGAAAUUGAAGUACAUGAGCCUUACCUUGAAGAAGAAACUGUCUCUAACGCUGGUACUUCUACUGCAAACCGUGUCGAAGUGAAGCCACCUCCUCUUGCGGCGAAACUACCAAAUACCAGCGAUUGGCCUGAUGAUGAAAAUGCCUGGGACAAAGACGUUGUUGUUCCGAUUAAUGUGGCACAAGAACACUGUGGAUUUGGACGAUCAAAAUCUGAGGGUGCUUUAACGGAAAGCGCUGGUGGCGAAAAAGAAUCACUGCCGACUACCCGUAUCCUCUCAGCUCCUCACUACGGUGGCCUAAACACAACCCAAUCCGAGACUGCUUAUUUCGCACAAACGGUUGCGGAGAAGCGGUUGGCGACGGAAGCUGCUGUGACUUCGACACCUACCACUUUCCUUGAAUCGGGGUAUGUUCAUUCAGAACCCUCGAGACUUCAAGUUAUGGAGACAGAUAUGUUGAAGGGAGUGAAUGUCGACUUGGGAGGCUCCUUCAAGGAUUUAUUUGGAACCGAAGUUGGGGAUGCAACGAACAGUGACAGUUGGGACGUUGACUUUUGA